CUAUAUCAUCAGAUGUACUGUCCCUUCAAACGGACUAAUAAAAACCCACCACCCAGAAUCUCCAUGACAAAGCAAAGGUAGUAAAACAGAUAUUAUGACCCAUCAAGUAAUAAAGAAACCACAGAAAAAGGCAAGGGCCUUAAAUGAUCCAACCCGUACCCACUUAAGGACACAACUUAUAUAUUAUCAUUUAUUACCAAGUCCCUGUCCAUCCACACACGACAACAACUAUCCACGUGUCUACUUCCCAUUCGUUACUACUUCAAUUCACUCCCCAUUCUUCUCUUUAUUUCAUCCCCCCUCCCUCUUUACUCCACCGUUUUCACUCUUCUUCUUUCGCAGUGGUCUUACUCCAGCUCGCCUCCGCCGCCUCUGCCGCCGGCGAUCUCACCGGCGAGCUGAGUCACUUCAUUGCUUGAAUACUGGGAACUUAAUUGAGUGAAGGAAUCUCUUACAGUGUUGAAGAGAGUGUAGAUCGACAGAGAGCCAGGAAUGGCGACGACGCCCAUCGCGGCAGUGACAUGUCCCCAGCUGUGUCGGACCUCCACAUGCCCUUCUUGGCUUCAAGCGGCGCUUGCAGAUAUCGAGCAACGGGUCAACGAGGUGGCGUUGUCUCAGCCGGGAAAGGACGAGUCCGACUCGUUUGCGGAUCGGGCUGAGUUCUACUACGAGAAACGGCCGCAACUCGUGAGUCUCCUCCACGACCUCCACCACCGAUACCUUCAACUCGCUGAUCGCUACUCCCAAUCUCUCCUCCGCCGCACGCACUCCCCAUCGCCGUCCAUCUCACCGCCGGACUCCCCCACCUCCUCUGCAGCCGAAAGCGCCCUCUCCUUCCAACCAAACAACCUCAAUCCAAACCAAAACCCGAACCCUAACCUCAAUCCCAUUGAAGCCGACCUCGAUUUCUUAAUCGCGGAACUGGUGAUCACGGGGGUGGAGAGAGAGAUCUUAGUGAAUGAGAUAAACGAGUCGGAUCGUUACCGGAUGGAGGCGGAUCGGAGGAUGGAGCUGCAGAGGAGUUUGGUGGAGGUGCUGGAGUCGGAGAGGGAGGUGCUGGCGGGAGAGAACGCGAGGGUGGGGUUCAGGGCGGCGGCAGCGGAGGCGGAGGCGAGAGGGUUGGCGGCGGAGGUGGGGUGGAUGAGAAGGCGAGCAGGGGAGCUGGCGCGGGCGGUGGUGAAGCUAAGAGAGGAUCAUCGGGUGUGCUUGCUGAGUAGGAGGAUCGAGGGGUUGCAAGCUCAGAUCUACGCGCUGGAGAGGAGGAAUGGGGAGUGCUAUGAAGCGAUGAAGAAGAGGGAGGUGGAGAAGGGGGAGGAGAAGGAGGAGAUGGAGAGGUUAAAGGAGGAGAAUAGGAGGUUGAAGGAGGAGGCGAAGGGGAGGAGGAGAAGGGUGAAGGGAGCUGGGUGGGAGAAGGUGUGGAGAUGGUGGGCCCAGGCGAGAAAGGUAGAGUGGGGCCCGAUUUGUGAUGCUGACGUGGAGAAGGGGUUGGGUUUGGGGUGUUAUUGUUGGUGACUUUUGUAGGGUGUCUUUUGUAACUUUUUU